ACAUACAUAUAUCAAUUAUCCUGUUGAAGAUCCAGUUUGAAAAUGUGACAACCAAUUUGAUGCAUGAUAAGUGAUACGUGUAUAAGAUAUGUUACAGAUUCAUCGAAGUCGUAUGCAUACUCAUCCAGUUCUAACAAAUUAGCAUCAUCUUCGGCAGAAAAACGUCAUGGAAUCAAUUGUUUUUGACAGCUAUCGGAUCUUAACAACGGAAGUAGCAUUUGGAUUAUCUCAAGACGAUAUAAAAAUCAUUAAAUUCCUAAUAAGAAGUUAUAUUGGAAGAGGUGACCUGGAGAAAAUUAUAACAGGAACAGAUCUUAUACAACUGUUGGAAGGAAGAUGCAUGUUGUCAGCCGAAAACGUUGAACAACUGUCAAGGUUUCUGCAACUUACAGGACGUAACGACCUCAAUAGGAAAGUUGAACAAUAUAUUGAAUCGGCCAUUUCCAAGAAUCUGUCAAAUCAUGAUUACUAUGGAUUGCGUGGAAUGUACGUACCUGAACAUUAUAUAGAAACAUCAGAAUACCACAAAUUAUGUCAACAUAUGUUAACAAAUAAUGCAGUCAUUUUGAAAGGUCCACCUGGAACAUGGAAGUCGUGGCAUGCAUUCAGAUAUGCACAAGAAUUUUCAAAAAUGAGAGAAAAGGACACUAAUUCAUUAAUUUGGCGGAUAGAUUGCAAUUCUGAGUUGAAUAUCUACAAUUCUCUUACCCGUUUAAUGAACUACUUAAAAAUACAAGACAUCAGCGCAGACCUUCGGAUACAAGAAACAAUAAACAAUAUGCUAUUGCGCGCAGUAGCAGUUUUGGAAAGCAACAAUUUCAAGAACACAAAGCAUCUUUUUAUUCUGCUUGGAUUUAUAUCCCCACAAAAAAACUUCAUACAUAAGUUCUUAAAGAAGCUGAACGAUUUUGAGAAUAUAUCCGUUAUUGUAACUACGAGUGAGCCGUUAUUUAAUGACUUUGACAACAUUGUUGUUAACCUUUAUGGAAUGACAGAGAAUGAGGCUAUUAGAUAUUUAAACGUUGAUGAUACGUUAGAUGAGAAAGCAAAAGAAUUGGCAAAAAGAUUGAGCUAUUUGCCAGGUGGUCUUGCAUUUGCUAAAACGUAUAUACACACAACAGGAAUAAGCAUAGACAGUUAUCUUGAAAGACUUGAAAAGAUAACCACCAUUGAAGAAUAUGCAUCCAUAAAGGCUUGUGAAAUGGUUAUUGUAAAAGCGGAAGAGAAUAUGUCGGUCGAGGAAAAAACUAUUUUUUCGCUCAUUUCAUAUUUAAACACAGAUAAUAUACCUCUCUUCAUUCUUAAAUCUCUUUUGCCCGAAACCUUGAAUAAAGAUGAAAAAGCAAUAAUAAUGGACAAUUUUCUCCGAACCUUAGAAAAAUAUUCUCUGGUUGUUAUUAAGGGUAACGAUGAGCAGCGAGUGAUAAGUGCUCAUGAAUUUACUUUCAUGGUAGUGAAAGCAUCAAAAACCUGUGCCGAAAGAAAUUGUCAUCUCAAGAAACUUCUGAAUUUCUUCAUGUGUUUUAUAGAUCUAGAUGCAAGAUGGUUAGAAGUUAUUCACAGAAACGUUCUGUUAUUAGAACAUGCAGAGGCCUUUUUAUCACAUUUUGUAGGUGAAUUCCCGAUUUUGUUACAUGAAACGAAAGCAAAACUUUGCUAUAUAUAUUGUGCAAUAGGAAUCACAUAUAGAUUGUAUGGAAAUACUGAAUUGUCCGCUAAUACGUAUCUAGAAAAGGCAAAAAGUACAAUGUAUGAAACAUUCUUAAGUGGUCAGCACAUCCAGUUUUCAGAUAUCAAGACUGAUGAUCCUUAUACCACAAUGAAUGAGUAUCUCAAUGGAAACGGAGUACUUCAAGAGAACUGUGAAAUCAUCUUCAACAUACUGGUUGAAAUAGGAAAAGAACUGCCUCUUAAAUUCAUUGAUACAUUCAUUGAAAACAAAUAUAGACACUCAAGGAUCAUCGAUCUAUUACGUAAUUAUGGUGGACUUUGUACCAAAGAUAUACACAAUAAUCAAUUAUCAGCAGAGGUAGUAAGCACACUUAGAAGUAAGAACCUAAUUAUGGAGAGUAAAUAUAUAGCAGAAACUUUUUUAGUUGAACUUCUGAUUAGGAUUCUUUACAAUUCUAGUAAGAACAAAUGGCUGAUGCAAAUUUCCAAAGACAGCUGCUCAAUACCGGAGACGGAAAAAAUGCGUGAUGAAUUUUCUAGCACGUACGUCCCUGUUACGCCAGAAAGUUUAGUGGAACAUCAGCUAGCCCACAGUCUUGCACAGUUAUUACAACAACAUUUGAGCUCAUUGCCGAUGCAGCACGAUAGAAUCAAAUCCACACAAAAUACCGUGAGAUCCUUUUGUCCGGUCUUCAGGCAAGUAACACAUCGUAGUGGUGUAUUAUAUAUGCUGAGAUCAUUUUCCAACCCCGAUCGGUUAUCAUAUUUACUUAAAGAAGCAAUUGAACUAUUGAACGACAUUGAUUCUAAUAUAGAAAGCACAGGUUUUACUGAGUUUGGAGUAGUUAAACGCAUUGGAGAUUCAAGUCUCUUUCAAUCUGUAAUGAUUGAAAGAAUUAAAAUGGAGUGUCAUGAAAAACUAUAUAAACUAGAAAGACCAGACGAACUCAUGAAAGGCAAUGUUAAGAAUAAACAAAUGUUUGUGGAACCAAGUAUACCAGAGGAUGAAAGUAUUGAGGAAUGUAAAAGUUUUGGCAAAACCAAUUUACCAAACAUGAAAGACGCUAUGAAAAGUAAGAACUUGGAUAAGCUUAAUACACCAGGUUAUGGUAAAGCUCUUUCAAAUCAAAACUUAAAGAAAGCAUUGUCAAUUGCAAAUGAGUUAGAAAAGAACAUUGACGACAUGACAUCGUGGAAAGCUCUAUCAGGAAUCCAUUUGAAAAUUGCACAAGUGUUUAAGCUAACUGAAACAGAAGAGAACAUUCGAAAAGCCAAACAUCAUUAUAAAAAGGCCUUCGACCGAGAAUAUGAAAGCAAUAAUACGAGACUAACCCGUUUUCAUUUAAAGGCAGUCGUCCAAUACGCUGAGUGUUGUAUUCAGUUUCCAAACGAAGAUGAUUUACAUCUUGCAAAGCAGUUAUCAAAGGCAAUGCAACAUCGAUUUCGAUCAGUUAAAACUGGUACUCUUUUUGAGGAAGUAAUCAAGGACAUUGACAAGUGUUUGGUUACACUUACACAGAAAAAGCAAUCAGUUUGUUCCUCUACAACAAAGAUAAAACCGGAAGUUCAUAGCAAAUCAACCCAGGAUGACGAUUAUGCUGAUGAAGAAACAUGGUUGCUAAAAGAAUUAAACAGAAAAAAAGAUCGACUUGAUAAGUAUCUGAGUACACUUCGUGAGGAUUACAAACAACUGAAAUGUGACAUAGAGAUGAUUGAAUUGGAAAAAACUUCAGUAGAAAAGGAGAUAGCUCAUAUUGAAAUUCAACAACAAAAGUCGCUUAUAUAAACAUUAAAUGACGUUAUAAGAUUUGCCUUUUGCCUGAUAAAACAGUCUUGGUUACAAUGUACAAAGUUAUAGAUUACCAGUGUUUUAAUACAAUGACGGUGUAUGGAUUCAAUGAAUUGCAAAUUAAAUGUUUUGUUUAUUUAUUAUCAUAACAUAUUUAGAUAAGUUGGACUUGUGUAGCAAAAUUGAUGCAGAUGUGUUUUAUACGUCUGUCAAAAAGAAAAAAAUAUGGUCCAUGUAUGUUUUUUGUAGUGGUCUUUACACAUUUUGUUUCUAAUCCUGAUAAGGUAUGUUCUUAAUAACCCGAUCUAUGGUCAUUUGAAUACAAUUGUCUUAGGAAAUUAUUGUAAACAAAAUGCCUAGCAAUAAUGCAUAAAAAGUAAAGUGGUUUAAUAUAUAGUUACUGUUUUACUGUAUAUACUGUAUAUAUCAUUGAUAUAAUUUGAAUUAAGAUUAAAACAACUAUCGGAAAGGGCUGUUACAUUAUCCUAAGUCCUGAUCGUGUUGUCAUUUUACGAAAUGCACAUUUUUGUGGGAUAAACAGCAUAAACAUGUACCCAUUUUUGUCAGUUUAACAUACUAACUUCAGUACGCGUGAGGAGCACGCGCGUUUGUAAGAGCAUAAUUGACUGUUGUA